UGUAAAAUGUUAACGAUUUUAAUAAUGUUUAUUCUAUUUGGAAUAAAAAUUGGUCACUCUGAGUAUAUAGAUGUCCCUAAUGAGUUCCAUCAAGUAAAAUCUUAUGAAGACGAUAUUAAAUUAUCUAUAGAACUCGAUAAAGAAGAUAAACAGAUACUAACAUCCUGGAAAGAGAGAUUUCAAAUGAAGCAAGUUAACUUGACAGCGGACUAUAGGAUACAGAUGAUGAAGCACAGAGACCAUAAUUUUGGGACUAAUAUUAGUGAGAAGUGGGAAGACUGCAUCCAUACUUAUAAAAGAAAUAUAAAUAAGAUGGAAUUUAAUUACAAUCGGGGAGAAAGAAUUUGCCUGAAAACUUCGCUAACGUCUACAUAUGAGAAAAAGCAGGCUGUGACACAGAUUGAAAAGGAGAAAAAUAAAUGGCGGAAAGGUUACAAACAUCUUGUAUAUUUGUGUAAAUCGAGCUAUGUUUCAGAAAAGGACGUCGCCUUGUGUCUGGUGGAAUACGUAGAAAAAGACAAUUACCACCGCACCUUGCAAAGGCUUAUAUAUCUAAAAUUAAGGUCAAUGGCGGAAUUAUUAUGGAAAUAUAAUAAAGCCGUUUGCGACUUGGAAGAAUGUCUCAGAAUUAAUUUGUCUGAAUACUUAACUAGGGUUAAGUCUGUAAUGAAAGUGCUUGAUAGAUGCUAUAGGGGAAGAAAAAAUAAAUAAAACUGAUAAUGAAAUAUCUUAUUUUUAUUCAUCUGUUUAAUAAUACUUUUAAGGUUACAUUAUACUUAUAAUAUUUACAUAAAAUAUUUCUUUACGCUUAUUGACUUUUACUUUUUAUUUUAUUAAGUGAGGAAACUAUUUAAUUUUUGUUUAA